GUUAUAAAGUACAUAACUCUAUCACACGCUGACAAAAUCUAUAAAGCACACAUUUGGUAAUAUAAAUUAAUUAUUUAAAUAAUGUUAACAAUGUCAAUUGUUACACUGAACUGGGAAGAGUUUCUGCAGGAAGCUACGGAGUUCCAAAAGAUUUCUGAGCGCCUGAAUGACUCAUGGACUUUAUAUAAGAAGGAUGAGCAAGAAGGCAAUGCAUAUCUUAUUUAUGAACAAAAAAUAAUAAACACUGUUGAUCAGAAAAGUUGUACUGAAGUUCUGGAUGAUACUACCGAUUGUAUGGAAGAUGAAACUGCCGCGACGCCGGCAAGCAAUGAUUUACUCAAAAUCGAAUAUCACAUCGUUUACAGUAUUUCUUACCAAGUGCCUGCUUUGUAUUUUCGCAUUUAUCGUAAUGACGGCAGCAUGUUGUGUAUCGAAGAGGCCUGGCGCAUUUUUCGUGACUACGGCGACGUUGCCAGCAAUACCAAUAGUGUGGAUUCCACAGUUCCACGCACAGCUGCGGAUAUGCUGAGCAUUAUGACGCAAUUGGAUCACCCCGUACUUGGCAAGCCAUAUAUAGCAAUACAUCCCUGCCGGACGGCGGAGUUGCUGGCGCAAGCGGGUAACAGUCGUAAUCGUAUACUCACGUUUAUCAGUUUGAUGGGACCCUAUGUGCAAUUGAAUUUAAGCAAUGAAUAUGGCAAGCAGUAUACUGGGAGUUAGAUAUCCAAAAAUGGGAAAAAUUUCGAAAAGAUGUUAAAAAAUAAAAAACGACUUACUUGAGAGAUAUCUCAGGUUCAAUAAAGGUGCGAGUUCUUUAUUUUUUAUUUAAUUUAUUUGUUGUAUUUCUAGGUAUGUAUGUACGUUGUAAUACAUACUUCAUAAU